AUGCAUAAAAAAAAUUAUGGCAAAAAUCAAAGGGAGAAACCACAUCGGAAUUCCGCAAUAAAUGAUGAAAAUGAAAGCGGUACAUAUGCAAAAGAAGAAAUUCUUAAAAAGAGUAAAAUUAAGAAAAAAUAUGCUGAUGAGGAUCUUGAAAUUGUAGAAAAUGAAGUUAAAACUGAGGACAAUAAUUCGCUACCAGGAAGAGAUAAAAGAAAGAAAGAUUUGAAAUUGGAAUCUUCGGUAGUAAAGUCAAAAAGGAAGAAAGGUAGUGAAACUGAAGAGGCCGAGGACAAUACUAGUGUAGAUGACAUGAAAGUUAAGAAAAGAAAAACUGAGAAAGACUCUUUUGGGAUCAAAGAGGAAAACACGAAAAACUCCAGUGAUUCAAGUGAUAUGAUGAAGGGAGAAAAUGAAAAAGAAAUGGAUGAAAUUCCAGAGAAUUUGAGACUAACUUCUUAUCGGCUUAGUCAAGGGACAAUAGAUUCUCUGAAAAAGCGUGGGGUUGUAUCAUUGUUUCCUAUUCAAGCAUCUACUUUCGAUCUUAUUUAUGAUGGGAAAGAUGUCUUGGCUAGAGCUAAGACUGGAACUGGCAAGACCUUGGCGUUCGCACUGCCAAUAACCGAAGCCCUUUUAAAAGCGCAGAAAGAGGAUAAAUACUUUCGUGGUCGUGGUCGUCCGCCUAAAGUCAUUGUGAUGACACCCACCCGUGAUCUUGCAAAACAAGUUUCAGCAGAAUUUGAAUCAAUCGCGCCAAGUUUAAAAGUUUUGUGUAUUUAUGGCGGAGUGACUUAUGAUUUCCAACAUCAAGGUUUGCGCGAGGGCAUUGACGUACUAGUUGGCACACCAGGCCGAGUGCUGGAUCAUAUCGAACGUGGAAGCCUGAAAUUAGCCGAUAUCAAGUUCGUAGUCUUGGAUGAAGCUGAUCAGAUGUUAGAUAUCGGUUUCGCUGAAGCCAUGGAAACAGUGCUGCAAAAUAUAAAGCGGCAAAAAGAGAAUCAAGAUAGAGUUAUCGAUUAUCAGACACUUUUAUUCUCUGCUACAAUACCGGAUUGGGUUAGGCAAGCUAUAAAGAGUUAUUUGAAGGCCGAUUAUGAAAAUGUAGAUCUUAUCGUAAACGCGGAUACAAAAACAAAUGAUAUUGCUCAACCGCAAAGGGAGGUUACUAUGAAGUGUUUCCGAGAAGGAAAAUUUAAAUGCAUCAUAUGUACAGAUGUCUUAGCCAGAGGAAUUGAUAUUCCACAAGUUGUAAUCAAUUGCGAACCUCCAAAAGAUAUAGAAUCUUAUGUUCACCGAGCCGGUAGGACUGCUCGAGCAGGACGACAGGGCACAGCUGUGACAUUUUUCAAACCACAAGAAGAAAAUCUUCUGAUGAACAUUCAACGACGUACCGGUAUUGUAUUUCAAAUGAUGGGUCCACCACAACCGCAAGACAUAAUAGCUGCCACAGCAAAUGAUGUCAUUAAAAGUAUAGGAUCGGUUGAAAGUACUGUGUUGUCAUAUUUCCAUAAGACAGCAACAGAUCUAAUAGAAUCGCAAGGGGCUGUUGAGGCAUUGAGCGCAGCCCUGGCAUGCAUGAGCGGUUACGCUGGGGGGAUCAAGAAACGUUCGUUAAUGUCGGCAGUGGAAGGGUAUACCACACUGUUAUUCCGAUUCACAUAUCCGAUUAGACAUAGCAGUUAUGCAAGAAGUAUUUUCAAAAAUCAUUAUCCGCAGCUAUCAGAAGAUAGUGUUAAAGCAUUUAAAUUGACCAAAGACAUGCAAGGGGUGGCAUGUGAUAUUUCCAGCGACAAGUUAGAAAUUGGAAGCAACGGAGAGAUCAUCCUAGCCGGGAAACCAUGGGUAAAUACCAAAAACGCAACAUUGGAGAUUGCGAAAGAUGGACGUAGCGGCGGUCGCGGAUACGGACGUAGAAAUUUUAAGUGA